AUGUCCUAUCCUUUUAAUUGCCAUGAUGAUUACCAGACAAUCAAGCUUGCAAUUCCUCGAAGACCGUCACUAACGCUCUCACAGUCUCUCCGCAUAGCACCCCCGGCAAACUAUGCUACGCAAGCCUCCAACACAACCACCAGAAACACCACCGCUCGCCCAUCAAAAGGCGCCCCAUCCGCCCCCGGUCUCCCCGACACCCUCCGCAACAAGAUCACCCUCCCAGCACCCGUGGGUCCCCCCUCUAGCAACCAAACCGCCACCCCUUCAUCGGCACACCCGCUCGAGGCCCGCCUACUCGCCUGGCGCCAGACCCAGGACGCCCUGAAGAUGGAGACGCUCCGCCGGGCAUACGGGAUCGCGGAACCUGUGCGGCGCGGCAUGGAGCUCAAGAUCGUGCGGGACGGCACUUUCCGGCCUGCUGUGCUGGGCGGAAACAAAGGUGGUAAUGUGCACGAGGACAUUCUGGUUCUCGGUGGACGGGAUACAGAGAUUGGCUGGGAGGAUAUUUUCCAAGGUUCGUUGAAUGUCUGGGUUUCCGCUACCGAAAUAACGAUGCUAAUAUUUUUUUGA